ACCGCCCACUUGAAACGCCUCCUAGCCACGCCCCCUCUCACCUACAGUUACUAUAGCGUUAGCUAGCCGGGCUAGCUAGCUAAUCAGAAAUAAUGGGCAGCUUCAUGGAUUACGCCUUUCCAGCUGGAGAUGAAAGCGAUGCCAGCAAUGACGACUGGGAUAUCGGAUGCUGUUCCGAUAAAAAAUCUUCUUGCACUAAGGAUGUGGAUGCGGUUGUGCCACAUGAAGAAGACAGUGUGUUGGUGUUGAAAAGAGCCAUCAGCAAAGGAGACACUGGGACUGUCGAACAGCUGUUGGACGACGGCAUGGACGUGGAGACCAGGCUUGGCUUUGAGUGGACUCCUCUCAUGUGUGCUGUCAGUGUGGCUAAUUACGACCUGGCCAGACUGCUACUGGACCGAGGGGCGAGCGCCAACUUCAGCAAAGAUCACUGGACGGUGCUCAUGGCCAGCUGCACUGCGUCUGCCAGCGAGGACAAAAUUGCUCGCUGCGUGGAGCUCCUGCUGUCCAGAAACGCUGAUCCCAACAUGGUAGACAGGUCACAAAUGACCUGCCUGAUGCUGGCAGCCAGGGACGGCUACAGUAAAGUCAUUAACCUGCUGGUGUCCCAUGGAGCAGACAUCAAUGUCCAGGAUGGCAAAGGAUACACAGCUUUGUGUAUAGCCGUGCAGUACGGCAGAGAGGAGGCAGUGCUAAAGCUCCUCCACCUUGGAGCAGACAAAACCAUCAGGACCAAGGCUGGCAAAAACCCUGCAGACCUGGCCGUGAUGUUCAAACACCCACAGAUAACAAGGAUCCUGGCCUCUUCUUCCUACAUCUCCUCCGUGCAGGCCUUCAGCUCCAUGGAGGAGACCCUGUCUAAGUUCUUCCAGACCAACUCUGAACCUCCACCUUCCAAGGAAAGCGUCACCAAACUCGACGACCUCGAGCUCCUCCUGCACGGCCUCGACCUCGGCUACCUCGCUGACAUCUUGACAGAAAAUGAUAUCACCUGGAGCUACCUGUUGACCAUGGAGAAGGAGGACCUGGAGAAGAUUGGUAUCACAGACCCAGAGCACCAGCAGAAGGUGCUGAGUGCUGUGCAGCAGAUGCACCUGGACAAAGUGGACCUGGACACAGUCAGUCAGCUGGGAGCUGCAGACAGCGGGAGUGAGGAGCUGCAUAACUUCCUGAUUAGCGUGCGACAGCAGUGCUGCUACCUGACAGAGAUAAUUCAGGACGUCAUCAACCGUUUUCCUCGCCAAGCCUCUCAGCUGGUCUUCUCUCUGGACUCGAAGAGGGAGGCCCAGGCCAUCUGCAACCAGCUGGUGGUCCAGACCAAAGACCUGCAGACGGAAGUCACCUGCCUUCGCAAUCUGCUCUGCCAGAUGGACGAGGCCGGAGAUUGCUGUCAACUUCCUCCACCUGGUUCCCACGGCAACCGGAGGUCGCGGUACCUGGCCAGAGUCGCACUGAGCACGCUCGGAGCCGCCUUCCUCUUCCUCCUGUGCAGGGCGGCUCGCGGAAAGGUUGACCUGCAGAUGUACAGGAAUGUCUGCUAACGAGCUCGUCGUAAUAUUUUCUGUUUAAUGACCGAAGGCGAUAAAUUGGGAUUAUGAUAUAGCGAUAUGUUUUGGGGAUGGCGUUCGACAAGACAGGUCAUUUUUGUUUUUGCUGCAGUGUUUUUGUUUCUCUGUUUGGUCUGACUUGUCACAAGUUAUUUUAUAUUUUAAGGGUUUAAGUGGAAAUUAAAAGUUUCGUUUUGAGGAGCAUUUUCUUGUACGUUCAAGAUCUUAAUCUAGAUUAUAAAGCAUUAAAAAAAUCUGAAUUUUCAGGCCUUGAAAUUAG